CUGAAAUGGCGCAGCACGGAGUUCAGCUGAACAGAGAACACUUUUCUUGUUCAAUCUGUUUGGAUCUACUGAAGGAUCCAGUAACUAUUCCAUGUGGACACAGCUACUGUAUGAGCUGUAUUAAUAAUUUCUGGGAUGAAAAAGAAAAGGUAGUCUAUAGCUGCCCUCAGUGCAGACAGACCUUCACACCGAGGCCUGUCCUGAUGAAAAACACCAUGUUUGCAGCUUUAGUGGAGGAGCUGAAGAAGACUGGACUCCAAGCUGCUCCUGCUGAUCUCUGCUAUGCUGGACCUGAAGAUGUGGCCUGUGAUGUCUGCACUAGGAGGAAGAGGAAAGCUCUCAAGUCCUGUCUGGUGUGUCUGGCUUCUUAUUGUGAGAAACACAUCCAGCCUCAUUAUGAAUCACCUACAUUCAAAAAACACAAGCUGGUUGACCCCUCAGAGAAGCUCCAGGAGAACAUCUGCUCUCGUCAUGAUGAGGUGAUGAAGAUGUUCUGUCGUACUGAUCAGCAGAGUAUCUGUUAUCUCUGCCCUGUUGAUGAACAUAAAGGCCACGACACAGUCUCAGCUGCCGUAGAAAGGACUGAGAGGCAGAGAGAGCUUGAGGUGAGUCGACUAAACAUCCAGCAGAGAAUCCAGGACAGAGAGAAAGAUGUGAAGCUGCUUCAACAGGAGGUGGAGACUAUCAGUCGCUCUGGUGAUAAAGCAGUGGAGGACAGUGAGAAGAUCUUCACUCAGCUGAGCUGUCUCCUCCAGAAAAGAAGCUCUGAUGUGAAGCAGCAGAUCAGAUCCCAGCAGGAAACUGAAAUGAGUCGAGUCAAAGAGCUUCAGGAGAAGCUGCAGCAGGAGAUCACUGAGCUGAAGAGGAAAGACGCUGAACUGAAGCAGCUCUCACACACAGAGGAUCACAACCAGUUUCUACACAACUACCCCUCAGUGUCACAACUCAGUGAACCUACAGACUCAUCCAGCAUCAAUAUCCGUCCUCUGAGAUACUUUGAGGAUGUGACAGCAGCUGUGUCAGAGCUCAGAGAUAAACUACAGGACAUCCUGAGGGACAAAUGGACAGACAUCUCACUGACAGUGACUGAAGUUGACGUUUUACUGUCAGAUUCAAAAACAGAGCCCAAGACCAGAGCUGGAUUCUUGAGAUAUUCACAUGAAAUCACUCUGGAUCCAAACACAGCAAACUCCUGGCUGAUACUAUCUGAGGGGAACAGAAAAGUAAAACGAAUUACACAAGAACAGUCUUAUUCUCAUCACCCAGAUAGAUUCACUGUUCAGCGUCAGGUCCUGAGUAGAGAGAGUCUAACUGGACGUUGUUACUGGGAGGUGGAGUGGAGCAGGAAAAUUCGUGUAGCAGUCGCAUACAAGAACAUCAAGAGAGAAGGAAUCUCAAAUGAAUGUCUAUUUGGAUACAAUGACAAAUCUUGGGCUUUAAGAUGUGACACUAACAGUUAUGAAUUCUGUUUCAAUAGUGUUAAAUCUCCCGUCUCAGGUCCAAGUUCCUCCAGAGUCGGAGUGUACCUGGAUCACAGAGCAGGUAUUCUGUCCUUCUACAGCGUCUCUGAAACCAUGAGUCUCCUCCACAGAGUCCAGACCACAUUCACUCAGCCUCUCUAUGCUGGACUCUGGCUUAUAAAUGAUGGAGCCACAGUUGAGUUCUGUAAACUCAAAUCAUUGUUAUUGAGAGCUGAAAUGGCGCAGCACGGAGUUCAGCUGAACAGAGAAAACUUUUCUUGUUCAAUCUGUCUGGAUCUACUGAAGGAUCCAGUAACUAUUCCCUGUGGACACAGCUACUGCAUGAGCUGUAUUAAUACUUUUUGGGAUGGAGAGGAUGACAAGAACAUCUACAGCUGCCCUCAGUGCAGACAGACCUUCACACCGAGGCCUGUCCUGAUGAAAAACACCAUGUUUGCAGCUGUAGUGGAGCAGCUGAAGAAGACUGGACUCCAAGCUGCUCCUGCUGAUCACUGCUAUGCUGGACCUGAAGAUGUGGCCUGUGAUGUCUGCACUGGGAGGAAGCUGAAAGCCUUCAAGUCCUGUCUGGUGUGUCUCGUCUCAUACUGUGAGAAUCACCUCCAGCCACACCAUGAUGUAGCUCCAUUAAAGAAACACAAGCUGGUCGACCCCUCCGAGAAACUCCAGGAGAACAUCUGCUCUCAUCAUGAUGAGGUGAUGAAGAUGUUCUGUCGUACUGAUCAGCAGAGUAUCUGUUGUCUCUGCUCUGUGGAUGAACAUGAAGGCCAUGACACAGUCUCAGCUGCAGCAGAAAGGACUGAGAGGCAGAGAGAGCUUGAAGUGAGUCGACUAAACAUCCAGCAGAGAAUCCAGGACAGAGAGAAAGAUGUGAAGCUGCUUCAACAGGAGGUGGAGGCUGUCAGUCACUCUGCUGAUAAAGCAGUGGAGGACAGUGAGAAGAUCUUCACUGAGCUGAUCCAUCUCCUCCAGAAAAGAAGCUCUGAUGUGAAGCAGCAGAUCAGAUCCCAGCAGGAAACUGAAAUGAGUCGAGUCAAAGAGCUUCAGGAGAAGCUGCAGCAGGAGAUCACUGAGCUGAAGAUGAAAGACGCUGAACUGAAGAAGGUCUUAGAGACAGAGGAUCACAACCAGUUUCUACACAACUACCCCUCAGUGUCACAACUCAGUGAACCUACAGACUCAUCCAGCAUCAAUAUCCGUCCUCUCGGAUACUUUGAGGAUGUGACAGCAGCUGUGUCAGAGCUCAGAGAUCUACUACAGGACAUCCUGAAGGAGAAAUGUGACAAUGAAAUGACAAACAUCUCACUGACAGAGACUGAAGUCGACAUUUUACUGUCCGAUUUAAAAACAGAGCCCGAGACCAGAGCUGAGUUCUUUAAAUAUUCAUGUGAAAUCACACUGGAUCCAAACACAGCAAACACAGAGCUGUUAUUAUCUGAGGGGAACAGAAAAGUAGAACGGAUGAGACAAAAACAGUCUUAUUCUAGUCACCCAGACAGAUUCAUUAGAUGGUAUCAGGUCCUGAGUAGGGAGAGUCUGACUGGACGUUGUUACUGGGAGGUGGAGUGGAGAGGGAAAGUUCGUGUAGCAGUCGCAUACAAGAAUAUCAGCAGAGCAGGAGGGUGGGAUGAUUGUGGAUUUGGGCGCAAUGACAAAUCUUGGGCUUUAAGAUGUGACACUAACAGUUAUGGAUUCUGGUUUAAUAGUGUUAAAUCUCCCGUCUCAGGUCCUUAUUCCUCUAGACUAGGUGUAUACCUGGAUCACAGAGCAGGUAUUCUGUCCUUCUACAGCGUCUCUGAAACCAUGACUCUCCUCCACAGAGUCCAGACCACAUUCACUCAGCCUCUCUAUGCUGGAGUUUUUCUUCCUGAUGGAGCCACAGCUGAGUUCUGUAAACUGAAAUAGACAGAAGUCAUUUCAGACUCCAUGUGUCAGAUACUGUGUUGAAAUUCUUCAGGGUUUCUUUUUGUCUCCAUGUUUCUGAACUGCACAGAGAUCAGCCGUCAAUCAAACUGUUGUCACUUCUUUUCUUUUAAUUUGUUCUGUUAAUGUUUACAUUUUC